GUGCUACUUUGAUUGUGGACACAAAAAACUGCGAAAUCCAGGAGAAGAAGGACAGCGCCCAGAAGAAGAAGAAGAAGAAGAAGCGAGAGCGCGCGUCCGUGGAUCUGUGUGGAAAUGUUCGCUCGGUCACGCGGCGUGGAAACAUCACGACACACGACCUCUUUUGGUUUGUUAAAGACACAGUGCCACACUCAGAUCUCCCAGCAUGCAACAGUAGUGACCAGCAGUCCUCUUUGAUCCCAGAGCCUCGAGCCUUGUAAGGAAGCAGGAUGUUCACAGGAUCCACUAAACUUCCUCCCACUAAAAGUCCUCAGCCCGAGCGUCUGGAUGAAGUUUACGCCGCCUUACGCAGAGGCUUACAGUCGUACCUGCAGGUCCACCAGCUGGAGCUGGACAGUCUUGGUCAGCAGAUCAGAGAAAACAAGAGGAACGGUCGUUUGGGCUCGUUGUAUGAGUUGGACAAACAAGUGAAAGCCAUCGAGAGAUUCAUGAGACGCCUGGAGUUCCACCUCAGCAAGGUUGAAGAGUUGUACGAUGCUUAUUGUAUUCAGCGGCGUCUCCGUGACGGAGCGAGUAAGAUGGUGGCGGCGUUUAACUCGGCCACCGGCAGCAGGGAGGCCAGAGAGAGUCUGAGUGAAGCUAACAAGGGCUACAGGGAAUGUACGGAGCACAUGUGUUCACUUGAGAGUGAAUUAGAAAGUCAGAUGGGAGAAUUUCACAUAAAGAUGAAAGGUCUUGCAGGCUUUGCUCGCCUCUGUGCUGGUGACCAAUAUGAGGUUCUGAUGCGUUACGGACGUCAGCGCUGGAGGCUACGAGGUCGUGUGGAGGUCAGCAACAAGCAGAUCUGGGACAGUGAAGAGUAUAUUUUCCUGCCUCUUGUCACAGAGCUGCUGUCAAUCAAGGUGACAGAGCUGAAGAGUUUGGCCAAUCACGUGGUGGUGGGCAGUGUGUCCUGUGAGAUGCUGGAUCUGUUCUGUCCACUCCCACAGACGCUCGCUGUGGACAUCAACGACCUGGGGACGGUGAAGCUGAACCUGGAGGUCACCUGGAGUCCGUUUGAUAAAGACGACCAGACCUCGUCCACCAGUACGGUUUCUAAACGGCUGCUGUCCAAUCAGAGCCCUCCGGACACGCCCUCUAUGCGGGAGCAGGUGUUUUAUUCUCUGCUGAAGCGUCAGGGAGAACUGGAGAACGGGACAGUUUGGUCAAACUCGUCUGAGUCUUCAGACGACUCGUCCAGUCCUGCUCUGGCUCCUCACUCGUCCAGUCCUGCUCCUGCUCCUGCUCCUGCUCCUGCUCCUCACGCUCACAAACUCAGCUCCUCUCACCUGCUGCAGACCACGCUGAACAGUCCGCUGUCCUUCACUCCACACAAGUCCAGCGCGUCAACACCGUCUCUGUCCUCUAAUCAGGAGGAGGACGAGACAGAAGCCGCUGAGGUCUUCUCUCGGACGGAGACGGUUCCUAACGGCCACGUGCAGACUUCGUGUUCUCACGGUCUGGUGGGCGAGAGCAGCACAGACUCUAAUGUGAGCGACAGAGCGUCUCUGCAGUCAGCUGACCUCACUCUCAGCUGCUCCUGCACCGACGUCUCUGCUGCACCUCCUGCGUCUGCGGAGGUGACGGCAGGCGACGGCAGCAGUGUCUCAGCUGAGGACGUAAAGGACGCUGAAGCAGAGAAGGAGGACAGCGGUGGACACCAGGGAGAGGAAGCGUCAGACAAACACAGUCAGACGUCUGAGUCGACACAGGAACUCAAACAAUCAGAGGUUCCUUUUCCUACUUCCACCAGUUUCAUCCAGGAAGUGGAGACAGCUCUCGAAAGUUUUGACUUCCUCAACUGUUCUGACCUUGAUGAAGAGGAGGAGGAGGAGGAGCAACAAGAGAAGGAUGAAGGAGAAAAAGAAGAAGAGGAUGAGCCUCAUAAAGAGAAGGAAGAACGUUUCUACUGUGGAGGAAGCAGUGAUGAUGACGAUGACGAUGAUGAUGAUGAUGAGGAAGCAAACGGUCUUGAGAUCCUCAUGGAAGCUCCUGAAGGGUUUAGGAACUCAGACGAAGACCGUUUCUCUGAGUCACAGGAGUCGAGCGUAGAAGACGUGCAGGAUUUGGGACAGAUUGAUGUCCCUGAGGACAAAGAGGAACCUGGAGAGGAUGCGUCACAUGAUCAGAAGGGGCGUGACCAUUUAGCCACAGCUGUCUUUUAAACCGCUUUUCCCUGAUUGACUCAUCUCCCUCAUACUCUGAGUCUCCAGGAGCCGGGACCAUGUCCCACGUCCCAUGUCCCCUCACCGCUCAGACAGAGCCUGGACCACGUCCCACGUCCCCUCACCGCUCAGACAGAGCCUGGACCACGUC